ACGGUAUAUUGGUCCUUUGAUCCUCCACCGACCAUGCGCUGUGGAGCUACGCAGCGUGCAAGCAGCGGGCACCUCUGCCUGCGACUUUCCCUAACAACCACUAGGAGGGCUUCAGUGAAAUGAGCGUAAUACUUCAGCAAAUAUUCGAAUUAGCAAUAUUGCGGGUUAAACCGCAAAGCUCUGCGGAUGCCACGACACACGCGAACGGACGAGAUCCUCUGCUACAUCAGGCGAGGAAUGUACGCGAUUACUCCAGUCGAGGCUUAGGCCAGGAAACCUGCACCACUCCUGUCGACAUACCAUGUCGCAUUCGGUAUACCAUCUUGGCCGGGCUGUGGCUUGCGACCUUUCUUUCGCUAACUGUAAGCAAGCAUUCUCUGGACCUGACCUGCGCGAAACUUACUCCUUUCAUUCCACGCAACGGCUUUUAGCUACCCUCGUGGCUACCGUACUUCCCGACAUAUCGUCUGAGUUCCACCAGUCGCACCAAGCGGGCUGGCUAGGAACAUCAUACCUGCUGGCGACGUGCACGUUCGCCCCUCUCUACGGACGUCUGUGCGACAUCGUAGGACGCAGGGUUGCGGUGCAGAUGGCGAUCCUGCUGUCGCUGGUCGGGUGCAUCAUGAGCGCGUUGGCGAACAACAUGCUCGUGCUCAUCGUCGCACGAUUUGUCGGAGGGCUUGGAGGCGGUGGGGUGAUGACGGCCGCAACGAUAGUGACAAGCGACCUAUUUGAGCUGCGGAGCCGAGGUAUAACUCAGGGUCUGGCUAUGGUCUGUAAUAGCAUUGGCAUGGGUAUGGGCGGUCCUCUUGGAGGCUUCGUCAGUGAUUGGUUCGGUUGGAGAUGGGCGUUUCUGGCGCAGAUACCGCUGUUUUGUCUGUCAUUCAUCCUGAUCACAUUCAGUCUACGUUACUCCAAUCCCGACGGAAAGGGCAUGAGAGAGAUGUCGAGAAGGAUAGACUUCACAGGGACAACAAUCUUGUUUGGAUCUGUCCUCUGCUUUCUCCUUUUUCUCAGCUACCACGCAAAUGACUAUCUGCCUUGGUCCGACCCCCUCGUCCACUGGCCCUUCGCAGGCUUUCUCGCCCUCGCUCUGCUCUUUCUUCUCUUUGAACUCCUCUUCGCGCACGAACCGGUACUUGCCCCCUUCCUUCUCAGGCAGAAGGUUCCGCUGUUAGUUGGCAUCAGCAACUUUUGCAUCGCGAUGUGCAACUUUGCCGUUCUGUAUUACUUUCCAAUGUGGUUCAGGACGGUCAGACUGGACAGUGCUGGGCGCGCCGGUGCCCAUUUGAUUCCUAAUGGUGUCUCCUUCUCUGCAGGGUCGCUUUUCGCUGGCUGGGUGAUCCGCUACACGGGCGUGUACAAGAAGCUUGACCUGCUCUUUGGGCUAUUCCCUAUCAUUGGCACAGUCCUGCUGAUCAUGAUGCGGGAGACAUCCUCUCCGUUCCAGCUGUGGUUCUCCAUCGCAAGUAGCCUCUUCUCUGCGCUGAUUAUUAGCACGCACUGA